AUGUUCGAACGAACAGCGGAUACUCUCUACGGGAAGGACGUACUCGAGAAGCUUUUUGAUCAUCCACUCUGUUGUCUUUCCACUAUAUUUCGAUGGAUGGUUUCGCUUGUGUUGGCAUGGCCGAUAUUCAUACAAAUGAACGUCAGUUAUUCAAGAAUAGAUGAUGAAUUGAUGCCGUUCAUCCCUGAUGGCGACUUACAGGUGGAUGUUCUUUUGGCUGCAAUAGUGGUUUACUGUUGUAUUUUGGCCUGCACCGUGUGCUGUCUGUUGAUGUUAUUUCGAGUCGUCACAAAUUCAUAUGCUAUCAAAGAACACAGUCAGUAUCAACUGACAAUGCAGACCUUUGGUGUUUAUAUUGUUCUGCUAGUAAUGGUCAUACACUUCAGCGUUAUCUAUCUCCAAUACGAUGAGUUGGAGUCGGCCAUUACACGAAUGAUAGGUUGGUUCUAUUACUACAACGCAUUCCUCACUUACAUCCACCCCUACAUUCUAUUGAUAUUCAAUGCGGAAAUUCGAAGGAGACUCGCCUCCUUAGGAAUAGCUCCGUGUACACUGAACAGUCUGGUGCCCCUCACCCAUCCGAUUCCUGGAUUUGCAGGUGAUGUUCUAUAUUCUCACAACAAGCUAUUACUAGCAUCCGAUCACAGUGCGCUAAAGCCCACCACAUUUUCCAGGUUCUCCAUCAACCACGAACAAAUGCAGUCGAACCGUGUACGUCACACGAAUUCCGAUCUCUACUUGAAUCUAAAAGGAGCAACAGCACCAUCCACGAAUCAGGUCACUGAACAACCUACGUUUGUGCUCCAUGGAGAAUCAGUAUGA